AUGCCACCAGAAUGCCUUAUGGCAUUCCAGAGGAAUAUAAUAAGGGCAGUGCCUGGAAUUUUCCUCACGGGAGAAAAAGCCAACUCAGUGUUAAAACGCUACCGAAGAGCUAAUGGAUUUCUUGAAGAAAUAAGACAGGGCAACAUCGAACGUGAAUGCAAAGAGGAAAUCUGUACAUUUGAAGAAGCAAGAGAAGCUUUUGAAGAUAAUGAAAAAACU